UUCCACGACCAACCGGAAGAAGCCCGUUGUGGUGGUCGGCAUUUAAAUACCUCUACAAAGCAAAUAAGUGUCAUUCCCAUAUAAAUAUGAACCGAAUUUUCGGUCGAAGCAAACAAACGCCGUCUCCUAACCUUUCUGACUGCAUAGGCAAUGUGGACACGAGGAUCGAGUCAAUCGACAAGAAAAUAGCGAGAAUCGAUGCUGAGCUCAUGAAGUAUAAGGACCAGAUGAAGAAGAUGAGGGACGGACCCUCAAAAAAUACGGUGAAGCAGAAGGCAAUGAGAGUGCUGAAACAGAAGAGAAUGUACGAGGGGCAAAGAGAUCAACUUUCUCAACAGUCUUUUAAUAUGGAACAAGCCAACUAUACAAUCCAGUCUUUAAGGGACACCAAAACAACAGUGGAAGCUAUGAAGAUUGGAGCAAAAGAAAUGAAGAAAGCAUACAAACAAGUGAAGAUGGAUCAGAUUGAAGACCUGCAGGAUCAACUGGAGGACAUGAUGGAAGAGGCCAACGAAGUACAGGAAGCUCUCAGUCGCAGUUACGGCACACCAGAGAUCGAUGAGGAUGAGCUGGAAGCAGAACUGGAUGCUCUUGGAGAUGAGUUACUGCUGGAUGAUGAUAGCUCUUAUUUAGACGAAGCCUCAUCUGCUCCCUCUAUUCCUGAAGGGAUGCCCAGUGACACCAAAACCAAUAAGGAUGGCGUUCUGGUGGAUGAGUUUGGCCUGCCACAGAUCCCUGCCACAUAAGAAUCUGUUUUCAAGAGGAGUUUGUUUUUUUGUUUUUUUAGUAUGUUGGAAGAAAUGUUUUUGUGCUGAUAUUGAAGUUUUGUUGUAUUCAUUAGACAGUCUAGCACAUGGCUUUGUAACUAUAAUGUGUUGAACAUAAUAUUCUAAGUUUAAUUAGAAUUUAACAUUCAAUUUUGCAGUAACUUUUAGUUUUUGGAUAUCCAAAUAAGGCACAUUGCAAAUGGGUCAAAGACAAAAGGCAAGGCAAGGCAAGUUUAUUUAUAUAGCACAUUUCAUACACAAUGUUUAUUCAAAGUGCUUUACUUAACAAGAAUAAAAGAAACAAGAAUAAGAAAUAAAUACAACAAAGAAUAAAAGGUUAUGAAAGACAAGGAAUAUAAAGAAAAAGAAAGACAUAAUAGUGUGAUCUGUCAGAUGUGGCACAGUGCUUAUUCAGUAAAGGCACAGCUAAACAGAUGUGCAAAAGGGAUUUAAAAGCAUCAGCAUAAAACGGCUAUUAGGAUAUUUACAACAAGAGUCAUUCAAAGACUUUAUUAGAUUUUAUUUAUAAGGAUAACUUGCCAAGAAAUUAAAAAAUAAAGUUACUAACUAUGCUUGAGUUUCUUUUCUCUGCUCAAUACAAAGUGAAUUUAUUUAGAAAAACUGUUGGUAACCUAUAGAGUUUUGUGGUAUAGGAAACAAAAAUAAUUUGGAAAUGAAUGCUUACUUCCAAUAGUUUUUUUUACAACCAUUGGUCGAAAUAUCUUCGCUUGUGUUUAACAGAAAAAAGAAACGUGUACAGGUUUGGAACAAGUAAAGGUUGAGAAAACAAGGACAAAAUUUUACAUUUCUGGGGGAAACUAGCUAACAAACUAUAACCCUAAAAUAUUACUUAAUUGUCAUUAAAAUUUUGUAUAUUUUGCCACAAUCUAUAAAACCAGUAGGUUUUACCCAUUUG